AUGUCCGAGCCCGGCUCGGGGCCGGUGUCGUUGACACGAUAUCGGCCCUUUCUCUACCUUUUCACCGGUGUCGCCGCCGCCUAUGCCUUCCUCUACAUUCGCAAUAACAUCGUCUCAUCGGAGCCUUCGUCACAAGCUCCGCUUCAACGUCGAAACGCUGUGCGCCGCCACCGGAGAUCAGACCCCGAGCCUUUCAGACUUGUGGACACACCAUCCUACCGUGCUAUAACCCAUCUGGAGCUACUGGAGCGCCAGAAUGGUGUCUAUGGGACCUUCCGAAUCGAAACAGAAGAUGGGAGACGGGUUGAAAGUGGACUGCUACCGUCACUACUGGCGACUCGCGAUCAGCUGAUGGAGGAGGUCAACGUUCCCGAAGCCCACGCCGAGCGCAUGCGGGAGAUGAUGGAGGACACAUUUCUCGAGUCUUUCCUGGCGCUUGACUUUCCCUCGGUCCAUACUUUGCCAGAAAACAGUGCCGAACGGACUUAUCUCACGGAGCAGUUGGAACGACGAGGAAUCUCACGCGCGGGAAUUGAGAGAGCACUGACCCGGUUCAACGCUGAUGAUAACUAUGGCGAUGAACUUCGCCGUCGACGUCAAAAUGGUGAACGCGUUACUCUCUCCACUUCGACCUUUCCCGACGUCGCAGCGCCGCCCCCGAACCCGGAAGGCAGGGAGCCAGCGUUGGUCGACGACCAAAGCGUUUUCUCCUGGAGAGACGGGAAUAAUGACUCCUCCCCCCUCGCGAGAGGCUGCGGCGCCAUGCCCAUCCAGGGUAUCCGCUAUCGCUGCGCCAAUUGCAUUGAUUACGAUCUCUGCGAGACGUGUGAGGCCAUGCAGGUGCAUAUCAAGACACAUCUGUUCUACAAAGUCCGCAUCCCCGCUCCAUUCCUAGGAAACCCACGUCAAUCUCAGCCUGUCUGGUACCCUGGAAAGCCUAAUUUACUCGCGCGCAGCCUCCCUCGUAUGUUGGCAAAGCGCCUCAUGCGAGAAACUGGCUUUGAAAACACUGAGCUUGAUGCUCUCUGGGAUCAGUUCCGCUGUCUGGCAAGCCAUGAAUGGGCCGAUGAUCCAAACAAACUUGGCAUGGCCAUUGACCGCAAGACCUUUGACCGGUGCUUCGUGCCUAAUACCUCGAUUCGCCCGCCUCCACCAAGUCUCAUCUACGAUCGCAUGUUUGCUUUCUAUGAUACCAAUGCCGAUAAUCUCAUUGGUUUUGAAGAGUUCCUGAAAGGCCUAGCCAGUCUAAACAAUAAGAGCAACGAUGAAAGGCUUCGUCGCGUCUUCCGUGGCUAUGACAUCGAUGGUGAUGGAUAUGUCGAACGAAAGGAUUUCCUACGCGUGUUCAGGGCAUAUUACACUCUCAGUCGAGAGCUGACUCGUGACAUGGUUGCUGGGCUGGAGGAUGAUUUCCUCGAAGGGUGUGCCCGUGAUGUUGUUCUCGGCAGCCAGCCCAUCAGCUCUGCAUUCCCAGGCAGUAUUCCAUCAGGUGAAGUUUCACGAAUUGGCGAAGGCAAGCGCAUCAACCCGGAAGGUGAUAUGGAGAUUGUCGACAACGGAGGAAUCCUUCGGCAGGAUGGGACUGAUACAGGCAAUCGACACGCCGUUAUCGGCGAUGCUUCUGUCAGAGGGCAAUUUGGUCGUACCAGGCCGUUGUUCCCAUCCACACUACGUCUUCCAAAUACCGCGACUGAACCUCAGCAGCCGGAUCCCACACAGGACGACGAUGAUGACGACGAUGACGACGAUGGCGAGGACGCGAGUGACUCCGAUGGGUCUAGUUCAUCGGCCGCCAGUGGAAAUUGGCCACCACGAGAGCAUAUCGAUGCCGAAGUCAUUAUUGAAGCCCUCGGAACGUACGUACCCCCUGAGGAAAUCACCGACCCCGUCGACAGAGCUCGUAUCGUGACAGUCGCCUACAACAGAAUGCGUGACGAUGAUCAAAGACGGAUUGAAGAAACCCGCCGCAAUGGGAUCGAUGAACGCUGGCGGCGUAGAGAGUUUUACACCGACGAGGAGGAUGGCGCCACUAUUCCCGAGGGCUACCAACGAGACCCAACAUUUGAUGAUGACUUAAGCGAUGAAGCCUCUAUGGAUGAACCGUCUGCUGUCGAAUCGCACCCGCCAUCUCCUCGUUCCCGAUCUUCCUCCAAGGUUCGUUUUGAGGAUGAUAUUGCGGAUGAUUAUGAUGUGCGGUCCAAUCCCUCGACAUCCUCUCGCAGCAUCCCUGUUGGUGAGCGUUGGGGUGGCUUUGAGAUCCCCGAGGUUGAGAGGGACGUCGGCAAGGAAAUCUUGUACCAAGUUACGCAACAAGGUUUCAAUGAGCUUCUCGAUGUUUUGUUCAAACCGAAGGAAGACUUGAUGAUGGAAGUCUACCGCACUCGGGCUGAUCGCAAGACUUGGGCUCGUGAGAUCGAAGAAUUCGAGGUGUCUCAGGGUCGGAAAACGUCGCCCACUGCCAAGGAUGGAGUUGCUUUCCCAAAGGAUGAGGAGCAUCCCCAGGAAAUGACUGACAGCAGAUCGCUGGAUGAUCUCUUGAGUCGUGCUGGGUAUGCAGUACACAGCCCGACUCUGGAACCUGCAGAUGCCCAGCCAGUCUUGGCACCUCCUUUGGCCGAUGGCAUGUCACCGGAUGACGAUGUGACGCCAACUCAUCUUGCCAAUCCUGAUGAUGAGGACGGGCUUGGCCAGAACCAGCCGUUUGAAGAAACCGAAGAUGACGAUGAAACAGCCUCGAUGACUAGCUCAUCCGACAUGGGGGCCCACAUUCGUCCCUCUGAGUACGCUUCUUUCGCGGAGUCCUUGGAUGUCGAGUCCUUGGAUGUCGAACCCGAGUCUAGCUUCGGCGAGGCGUUAGGUUACGACCCCACGCUCCCACAAUUCCGUCCUGACUCGGAUUCGACUCGUCCACGGCUCUCCUUCCGAGAUGAACCUAUGGUCAUGGCAGACGAUGAAGACAGUGCCUCGACCCCCUCUGAUCUCCCCAACCGACUCCGCCUGGAACCAAACAACACAAUUUCUCUCCCUGCACCCUCCUCUCCGCACUCAUCCUCGGCGGAGGCUGAGGAAACAGCACCAAAGCCGCCUCCCUCGCCUAUGCAACCACUCCCACCUCCACCUCAAUCGACGACUCCACCACACGAGGCUGCAGUUCCACGCAAACCCACGCCACGUACUCUCGCCCGGUGGGUCGAACUCAACCGAGUCGAACGUGAGGCUAAGGAGCGUGGUGGUCGUGGAGCCAAGCUCAGCUUUGAGGAGUUUUCACGACGAAUGGCGGCGGAUAAGGGCCGUCGUCUAGCUUUCGUCGCAAGCUGGAUUGAGAUGGCCAGCUUUUGA